AUGGAUGGACAAGCGAUUGCCUUUACUGUGCAGUAUGUGGAGCUUUUGACGUCUCUUCUGGGAAGCGGACAGCAAAGAAGCCAUGUACCGCUUCCAGAUGAUUCAGUAAAUUCCCGUGCUGAACGACUGCGUUUGAUUGCACCUUCCCCGCUUUCCUCUCCAGUGGCUGCAUUAGGCACAGGCUCCACCCCGGCAAACUGCGUCGAGGCGCCAAAGGUGCCCCAAGCGGAAGUACGUGCGCCCAAGGCCGUUGUACGGACCAAGGCGCCCCUGGUGCCACAGGGUCCAAGGAUCAUGCUUCCGCCUGGGGCCAUCAAGCCACAUUCAGAAUACCAGGCUGAGCGGUCCAAGAAGAGAUCUGCAGUACCAAUGCCGUGCCCUCUCGAGCUUCCUCAGGCAAACACCUUGCUGAGCCGUCUCAGUCUUCUGUGA